AUAUACGUGAGGCCUUCAUGCAAAAACAUCAGCACCCACACAGUGCCGUUGAGCGUAUUCGUUCAAGAGAAGAUAGGAUAUCUGUAUGUGGUUCAAAUUGAGGUGUUCGUGAAUGCCCUAAAGUAGGACAAACAUUACAACUAACAACAUGAACUCUUGCAACUAAUUUACUUCUGCGAGAAUAUUAUUCUGCAUGAUCCAUGCAGUAGCGUAUAUAACGCCGAGGAAUUAAAUUUGGUGCUAAUUGGUUGCGAUGCUAGGACUAGGAGUGAGGAAUAAACUGUGAUUUGCUUAAAUGUCAGAUCGGAGGGAGACAAACAGAACGAGAACAAUUGGUUUUGAGAACUGCGGAGUUGUAUCCUUCGCAGAUAGAGUCAAUAGAGAAUAGGCAGACAAUAUGAUAUAAUAAUAGGAUCAGUGGAUUAGUGGCUUCGAUACACAUUAUAGUUUCAAACUGGUGGCAGCGGUGGGAUUAGAAGCUGAGGUGCUUUUAGGAGUUUGAAAAUGAUCGAGGCAGACAGACAAAUCCCAAAAUCACUCUCUUACGCUUUUGUGCCAGUAGUUGCCAUGAUAUCCCGUUUUACCGUUUGACUGCUCUUCAUUUCUCCGAUCGAGAAAGAAACACUAUUUUUUUAAAGGAAUAAAUCCAUGUUUAUACGACUCAGGUCGAUAUACCUACCACGUUUUCCUCACAUGGGCACAUCGGCUGAUUGAGGGUCUCAAUUUGACGCCAUGGGCGACGAAACUGACUUUCUAUGGCUGGAGUACUCUCAGGAAUCGCCGUUCGUUAGAGCAAUUUUAGAAGAAGAACUAGAGAGGGAAGCAGAAGAGAGGGAAGAGGAAGAGGGGGAGCCUGCUGAGCAAAUUAGGGUCUACGAGUUUGAUGAGCAAUCGAUUAGUUUAGGAUGGAGAAUCUACGCCCUAGCUAUCGUCACAUUCCUCAACGUUUUGAACUUCACUCAGCAGUAUCUUCUAAUCGUAACGAUAUUCGGAAUGGCCAACGAGUUGGAGUUUGGAGAAACACAAUGUCAGGUGAUCAACGAAACAUUGGCACGUGACUAUCUUCAUGAUCACAACAUGACGGGAGAUCUAGAUGGAUUGUGCUCCGAAAUCGGAAGGUGUUCUGAGAACAGCACACUAUUCCUUCCAGACGUGUGUGGGAUACAGUACACUGGACAAGGCAUACUCUUUGAAAUUCUGGCCGGUCCAAUUUAUCUGAUCGUCCAAGGUGUUACGAGUAUUCCCCUCGUAGGCUUGAUCCAGCGGUUAUCUUUGAGGCCACCCUUUGUGAUAGGGUUGUUUACCAUACUAUGGACACUCUGUACUUUUAUAACAGCCUAUGUGAACGACUACUGGGCCAUCGCCCUUCUAAGGUUCCUCUUUGGAGUAUUCUCAUGCCCCCACAUGCCCGUGGCCUAUGCCUAUCUUGCCAGCGUUUUUCCUUCGAAAGUACACACUCUUGUCUUUGGGGUAGCACACUACGGAUGUAUUGCAGGGUACGGCAUCGCUUACUUUUUCGUCUUUGUGAGUGACGGUAUCGGUUGGAGAUGGUGCUACUACAUAUGUGGUGCCAUGGGGGUUGUUGUCGCCAUAGGUUCCUGUUUCAUGGCGAAUCCAAAAGUAUUUCACUGUCGAGGGCAGUCAAGAACAUUCCGGCCCUCUUGGAAGCAGCAACGCGCUGGUCUGAGGCAGAUUGUGUGGUCUGUCAUGAUGCCCUUGAUCCUCGCCAACACGUCACGCAUAGCCGCUUUAAACGUUGGGUCGUACAACAUCACUCUCUAUAUGGCGGAGUAUUUUCCUGACUUCAAUGUGGCUUUUCUGGGCUGGGUCACACUGGUGUCGUCCUUUCCGGGCAGUAUCUUUGGCGGGCUCCUUUGUGAUAUCCUGCGAAGAACUUCCGGUAUACGCGGACGGCUAUGGCUCAGCCUUGUUCUGAUGGUUAUCUCGUUAGUCGUGUCACCGCUGAUCUCUCUAACUCCAGUUACGAUGGCCGUUGCUUUGUUCGGCAUUUAUAUCGCCGCCAGUGACUGGUUCUACGUCGUCAAUCUCGCCGUCAUCUCCGACCUCACACCCCUCGAGUGCAAGACGACCAUUUUCGCGCUCAACUUCUUCUUCACAAAUUCCUUAGGAGGCGCUGUAAAUCUGACCUUUGCUCCGAUCGCAUCCUUGGUUGGUCUCCGAACAGCGCUGACGAGCUUUAGUGUGUUACUUUGUGGGAUCAGUGUUGUUGUAUUCCUCAUACCCAUUGGAGUCACGGAGUGCCUUGGGGAAAGAUUUGGAGUGACUGGGAAUGAAGAGGAAAAUACAACCGAAUCUGGAGAAACAACCCCUCUUACGGCUUCAUUGCCUUCAUACCGUUCACUCUCAACAUGAACAGGGUGACUCUGUAGUCACUACCAUGUACACCACUCAACAGCCAAUUUAUAAUCAAGUUUUUCAUGGAAGUUACCAUUAAUGGCAAACUUGUUAUCGAUGCUAUAAUUUUUAUCAAACGUGGCCCAAGAGUGGUUUCACGAAACAGUGAUUGUGUAUAUCUUAUGGAAACGUCUUAUUAUUAUAUCAUUCAUUUAUUGCAACCAUAAGUUGGAUUUCAUACAGUAAAAAAGGCAGGCAUAUAAAUGGUUCACAAUAUAGUUAUAUGUAUAUAUACUUUGUAAAUGUUAGAAUGAAAUGUAUUCGAAUAGGACUUCCGAAAACUGACAGCUGGUUUUCUAAGUUACAAUGGUCAAUGUCUUGUAGGAUUGUGGGAUCGAGGCACUCAAGGCCAUAAAGUUGAUCUCCUUUUCCAUCAAUCUGUAUGGCAUAAAAUGCCUUUCAACCAGGUAAACGUAAACACUGAUAAAGAUGGAGUUGAAUCGGCCCAGAAGAGGAAGGGGGUAUAGGAUAUGGGGAGCGUCAGUUAUCAUAACGUAACUAGGCUCGACUAGCACUUGUGCUAACUUCUAGUUCCCAUUAACAACUUCACCUAAAUAUUAAGCAAUACACAUAUUUACGUGUUUAUGUUUUAUGACAUUUAAUAGUAUGCAGAGCUAUGUCUAAAUAUCGUUUUAAAACCAUAC